UGAUGGAGGUACCGGCGUCAGGCAAUACGGCAUCCGAGCGGUGCCGUUGGGAAUAAGAAGACUGUACAGUAUACAACAAAACAAGCAGUAGCAGUAUUCUGCACCGCAGAAUGUGUACUUCGUUGUGACUGUUGGUCAUCGCAUAUACCCAUUCAGCGGCAGAAGGAGCAGUAGCCAGAUGAACACUGUCACAAUGUUUAAGGCAGCAGGAAGGUCACUAGGCCAGCUGAGCCACUUGUUCCCCGGCGGAGGGGCGAGGUGGUGCCACUGGUGUCCUGCAGGCUUGCUUGUGGACAGAAGAGUCGCUCAGGCACACGUCCUUACCAACUCAAAAUGGGGAGCAGCACCCUCCGCCUCCAGCCCAGCACAACUCGCCAGCCUUCAUAGUGGUGGCCUGUUCCAGUCUUCCUUUGAGUCUCCUGUGAAAUGUCAACAACUCAGGUUCUACCGAUCAGGAAGGGUCAGCAGAAGUAUUGAACAAGAGAAACCACAACCACAAAAAGUUUCACCACAGCUGAUGGAAUUCCCCUGGGUGGUGUGGCCGAGCCUGUGGCAUUCUAUCCGGAACUGGAUAUUUGCCAACCUCUUGAUUCACCGCUAUUUAGAUCAAGAGUUUGAAAUGACAUCUUUUAAAAAAGGAGCUAUUCAGGCUCUGGUGUACGUAUCUCAAGAGCUUUCAAAGGGCAACUUUGAGUCUCUUGAAGGUUUAGUGACAUCACCAUCUUUAGAAGAAAUAAAAAAAAAUUUUGCCCAUUUUUCUUUGAAACAAAGACUGGAUCUGGCUGUUGAGAAGGAAGACAUAUUUUUCUCAUUCCCCUAUCAAAUUGGAAUGAUAUUUACCAAUGAAGGUACUACUCACGAGCGUAUUUUUGUGGAGAUUACUAUGUGCUACCACAUAUUUCGAGGUUUCCAGGAAUAUGUGAACUCCCCCUCAGCUAGUGAAGGUGGUCUAAGGGCAGUCUAUGAUAAUCAUGAGCGCAUAUCCAUUGCUAAUUAUAGGUUUAUUCGAGAGUUUACUAAGGGCGUUGUGGAUGACUGGACCAUAAGUUUAGCAAACCACUUCAAGCCAGGAGAGCACCUUCAGCGUCAGUGAUCGACAAACCUAGCUGAUAAGUGCUUUGUAUUCAGUUUAGUUUGCUAAUUAAAAGUUUAUGAAGAAGUUA